AGAACGUUAAUCUUGUAUUGUUUUAUCAACAGUUUUCACCAUAUGUUAAUGUGAAGAGUGAACAGUAAAUGGUUAAUCUUACUGCGAUCUGGUUUGCAUUGGCUGUGGUUUAUCCGGACGUUAAAUUCGGCGUUUCGUUACACCCAAAGGAGAACGUUACAGUGAAAAAGCGGCAUUAUCAGGUGUUUCAAGUGCUGCAAUGUCAGCUCAAUCCAGCAUCAAGUCGACGCCGCCCAGCGACAAGGGCAGUAAACCGACAUCAAGUAAGCCCACCCAGGCGUUAUCAGGUGUUCCAAGUGCUGCAAUGUCAGCUCGAUCCGGGAUCAAGUCGAUGGCGCCCAGCGACAAGGGCAGUAGAACGACAUCAAGUAAGUCCACACAGGCAAGAGCCAAGGCAGAAGCCGCCAAGGUGCGACUGCAUUACGCCAAACAAGAAGCAGUUUUGAAAAUGAAACUGGCCACCAAAGAAGCCGAAAGGGCCGCCAGACAAAGAGAAGAGGCUGCCAGAGAAGCCGAAAUCCAGAAAGAAAGGGCCGCCAGAGAAGCCGAAGAGGCUGCCAGACAAAGAGAAGAGGCUGCCAGACAAAGAGAAGAGGCCGCCAGAGAAGCCGAAACCCAGUUGGAAAUGGCAAAAAUAUUGACAGAGUUGCAAGUGCUGCAGCUAGAAAGAGAAGAAGAAGCUGCCAUGGCGGAAGCAAAGUACAUAGAACAAGCUGAAGGGUCGCGUGAUCUGACCGAAGUAAGAUCUACUUUAGAAAGGACCAGACUGGAACGCACAAGCGACUAUGUACAAUAUCAAAUAGACAGGCAGGCUCGUCUCCCCUCUCCAUACGUAUUCGAUAACUUCCCCAGCUACGAGGAACCUCAGAGAGUCACGGUUGCAUCACAUCCAUACGAGGAAGGAAAUUUACCCUCACGGCUCCGUGAUGAAGUCAAGAAUGAAAGAACCGACAACGCUCCUUCACCCCCACAACAGGACGGCGGGGAGGGAGAGGUUCACUCCAGGACAACAGUUGUCAGCUCGAACUGUACAGAAGUUUGCGGUCAAACUCAGUCAAGCCGUUCUUGUUCCGAGAUCUGCCUCACUGAGGUGUACCCUAAAGAAGCACAACAAGACAUUACCAAGCGUAAAGUAACCGACGAGACGCUAGGUCAGUCAGUUUUCAUUCAAACCGAGGAUGACAACAAACUUGCACAAUCAGCUCAAGAUACCAUUUCUUUAAAAACCAAAGACACCAAGGUCUUCAGAGAUGAAGCAAAUAAUGGGGUUGCCCCAUUGCCAAUCAGAGAACCACGCCAGCGCUCACCAGAUAACAAAGAGCAGGCAGUCAAACGGUUCACGUCCUUACGGAAAACCUGGAAAAGGAAACCUGAGAUACAGCAACGCACCCGAUUGGCCCACGAGGUACUGUGCACCCUAAUGGCAGAGGUCACAGCCAUUAUAAACGCACAAUCAUUCCUACCUGUGUCUUCUGACCCAGAAAACCCCUUUAUACUUUCGCCAUCAAUGCUCCUUACACAGAAGGCAGGGGCACCUCCUCCACCAGGAGACUUUUCAGACAGGGAUCUGUACACAAAGCAAUGGAGACAAGUCCAGGCUCUGGCAAAUCAGUUCUGGCCUCGCUGGAGACAAAAAUAUCUACCUUUGUUGCAACAGAGACAAAAGUGGACAGAACCCCGCAGGAAUCUUCAAGUUGGAAACUUAGUCCUGCUCAGGGACAAGCAAGUCGCUCGCAACAGCUGGCCAAUGGCCAGAAUCACUGCUACAUUCCCUAGCGAGGAUGGACAUGUCAGGAAGAUCGAAUUGAAGACUACCGACCAAGGCGAUGUGAAAAUUUACCAAAGGCCAGUUACAGAAGUUAUUCUACUUCUACCCAAUGACUGAUUAAGAGACUAAGUUUUGUACUCUGCUCAUUGUGACCUUACGAAGGUCAAGCGGGGAGUGUGCUGUCUUUACGACAGUUAUUUAGUUUAUAAUAUUUUCGCUUAGUAAUUCAUUCAAUAGUAUUUUCUAGUUAGAAUUAGGAGUGUUUAAAGUAUAUUCAUUGCAUGUAAAAUAUAUCGGCAUGCGAUGACGUCACAUCCGGUUUCGCCGCGUCUUGUGGGAAAACACCGGUUUGAAAUUAGCGCGAGGGUGGGGGCUUUCCACGAGGCUCACCUGAGCAGAAGUAGUUUUGCAGGCAUGAGAAAUCACAGUGAGAGCAACGCUUUUUCACCAUAUGUUAAUGUGAAGAGUGAACAGUAAAUGGUUAAUCUUACUGCGAUCUGGUUUGCAUUGGCUGUGGUUUAUCCGGACGUUAAAUUCGGCGUUUCGUUACACCCGAAGGAGAACGUUACACGAGUGAUGAUAAACCUGAUUCAGAUAUGGGUUUUUCCUACUGAGAAUGGAAAGGAGGCAAGGAGAGGGGGAUCAUGGUUGGGAAAAGGGGGAGAGUGGGAAGCACCAGAGAGGGAUUCUGUAAUGAUCAAUAAACAAAUUGUUUGAAAUCCAAUGACCUUGCUGUGUCUGCACUCACACCACCCUGUACCCUGGCACUUCUCUGCCACUUGUCCUACAGCCCUCCUGUGGUGCUCCACCCUCACCAUUCGCAACAUCCUUUGCUCCUGCCAGAUUUACAAACUUGCUCUCUGCUUCACAUUCACAAAUAAUGUUCUGUGCAAGUGUUAGCCAACUAGCUAUACAUAAGUGCCUUUGACCUUUGAACAGUACUGUUAAAUACUGGGAAUAUUGUCUUAGGUGAGGAAGUUGCUCAUUAUCCCAGUCCUCAGGGAAGAUUUUGUGGAAACAGUUAUUAGCAGAAUCUCAGUACUUGUGAUCUAUAAUGACCAGCAUUUAAAACGCAAACACAUUAAUGAACAAGACAAAAUCUGCAGAUGCUGGAAAUCUAAGCAACACACACAAAACGCU